AGUCGUCAUUCUCAGCGUUAUCUAGGGUUUUGAACACAGAGCUGCGAAACCAAGCGCAGCUGCUCAGAGCUUUCCACCAAUGACGACCAUUGUCCCUACUUCCGAGGAAGAGCCCACUCUCGCCGUCGUCCGUUACGCCUCCGAGCAAGCCUGGGCCGAUGCCGGCGCUGAGGUUGCGGAUGAACAAGUCAGGAGACUGUAUGAAGAAGCCAAACAAUGCUUUGAUGACGCCAGGUGGUUUGACUUGGUGUCACUUAUGCUAACUUCAGCUGAUGUGAUACUCUCAAAGGUCUCAGACAAAGAUCUUGAGUGCAUCUUCACUGUUAUCUGCAAUGUUGUUACAAAUUCUGAAAUUCCUGAUGAAGUACGCCAGAUGGUAGAACUUAUCUCUGGAAAGGUUACACAGCAACCAAGUGACAAACCUGCAUCGCGCUUAAAAAUUUUGUUCACUCUGUACAACCUACUGGAGGAUCCAUAUAGUCGGUUCUCUGUUUACAUGAGCGCUCUAAAUUUGGCCAUCAAGGGAAAGGUCACUGAGCAUGUCCUCCCUACGUUCAAACAGAUUGAUAGUUUCUUGAAAGAGUGGAAUAUUGGGGUCUCGGACCAGAGGCAGCUACUUCUUACCAUAUCUAAUAUUCUAAAAGAUAAAAGCUUGGCAAAGGAAUCUUUCAAAUUUUUAACCAAGUACUUGGCAACAUUUUCUGGUGAAGAUGCACAAGUUUUGAGCCAAGCCAAGGAUGAGGCUGUUCGCACAAUUGUAGAAUUUGUGAAGGCACCAGACAUGUUUCAGUGUGAUUUGCUAGAUAUGCCUGCUGUUGCACAGUUGGAGAAGGAUGCUAAUCUUGCAUCGGCAUAUCAGCUUCUGAAGAUAUUUUUGACUCAGAGGCUGGAUGCGUAUUUUGAGUUUCAGGCAGCAAAUUCUGAUUUGCUGGAAAGCUAUGGCCUUGUCCAUGAAGAUUGUAUUACUAAGAUGAGGUUGAUUUCAUUGGUGGAUCUUGGCUCUAAUGAAUCUGGACGAAUUCCUUAUAGUCUUAUCAGAGAUACACUUCAGAUUAAUGAUGAUGAAGUGGAACUCUGGGUGGUUAAGGCUAUAAUUGCCAAGUUACUGGACUGUAAAAUGGACCAGAUGAAUGAAGUUGUAAUUGUGACUCGCUCUAUUCAGCGUGUGUUCGGCAAGGAGCAAUGGCAUACCCUCAAGACAAAGCUUGCAUCUUGGAGGGGCAAUAUUGCACAUGUGAUCAGCACUGUUCAAGCUAACAGGCCAGUUGAAGAUGGUGCCCAGGCCGCUCAAGGCUUGGUUCGUUAGGAUGCUUUUGUCUUCCCUAUUUCUUUUCUUAGGUAGUCUGGAUCAUAUGAUGUGACGAUCCAAAUAUCUUGGAAUUUUUUGACGGAUAGUGUUUUGUUAUAUCUAUAAAUAUGCUAAGCGUGAACA